AUGACUACUCGCCUUCUGGACGGCAUCGAUGCGCCAGGCGACCUGAAACCACUUUCUCACGAAGAACUGUCACAGGUAGCGCAGGAAGCCCGCGACACUAUCAUCUCCGUUAUAACUGAGCGUGGCGGUCACCUCGCGUCCAACCUCGGCGUAGUGGAACUGACAUUGGCGCUGCACCGCGUCUUCGACAGCCCUAAAGACCGCAUUGUCUGGGACACCACCAAUCAGCUUUACACGCACAAGUUGGUGACGGGACGGCGCGACGAGUUUAAGGACAUCAGGCUUGAGGGCGGACUGUCCGGCUUCGGCGAACCCAGCGAGAGCCCGCACGACACUCUCUGCGCCGGGCACGCCGGCACCGGUCUUUCCAUCGCGCUGGGCAUAGCGCAAGCUGCCACCAGCCAGAAGUCCGACUCCUGGACCAUCGGCAUCGUAGGCGACGGAGCAAUGACCUCCGGAUCGAGCUUUGAGGCGCUGAACAACAUCGUGCACCUUAAUCCGGAGAAGAUGGUUGUCGUUCUCAACGACAACGGCAUGUCCAUUUCCGAGAACAUUGGCUUCCUAACCAACUGGCGGAAGCGCCUGAUCACUCACCCCCAGUAUCAGGCGAUGAUCCGGCGUAUGACUGACCUUUCAAAGAGAGUCCCCACGGGUGAGUUGAUAUACCAGCUCGUAAAGAGCCUUAACGACGGUGUUGAAAGCUUCAUCCUGCCCACUAUGUUUUGGAACGAGAUGGGCUUUCGAUACCUCGGCCCCGUUGACGGUCACGACUUCAGGCAGCUUGAAGAUACCCUCAAUCAGGCAAAGAUAACCACCGACUUGGUGCCCGUAGUACACGUAGUAACGCACAAAGGCCACGGUUAUGAGCCUGCCGAGGACGAUCCCCAUCAGAAUCUGCCUGUCACGCUGAUCGCUGACCGUGCCGGCAUCGUCGGAGAGGACGGCAAGACGCAUCACGGUGCUUUUGACAUCUCAUACUUGCGAUGCCUCCCCAAUGCCGUUGUUGCGGCGCCCAUGAACGAAAACGACCUGCAGCAUCUCAUCUACACUGCAUAUAAACACCAGGGACCAUUCGCAAUUCGCAUCGCCAGAGGAACAGCCACGGGGGCUCUACUGGACAGCGACCUGAAGGAGUUGCCUAUCGGCAAGGGCUACGUUGUGAGGGAAGAAGCCGGUCUCGACGAUGUUUCCGUGCAUCGCAUCGGCAUGCCUGACUCCUUUGUCGAGCACGGCACUGCCGAUGCGCAGCGCCGCCAACUUUUCUUGGACGCCGAAGGCAUAGUGCAGCAAGUGCUAAGCGCCUUCUUCCCCGAUGGGCGCCCGUCGUCCCACAGCAGCGACAGCGACAGCGAAGCCGCUGCAGCCGACUAA